AUGAUCAAUUGUGAUCAUGGAGAUGACAUCACGCUCACAUUUCGGGACGACCUUCAGGUCGUACCGGGACCCGUCAUUCGCCAAGACGAAGCCGGGUACGCACAGCGCUCUGAGCAGCCCGAGACCGCCGUCGGGUCUGCUCAAUGCCACCUGGAGGCACUGCCAUCCCGAGGUGCCCCGGCCCAAGCGACGAAGCUAGGCAUCACCCCGAAGGAUGAUGCACGCGCCGAGCUCGAAGACACGUCCGUCAUCGAGCUCGCAUCCGAGCCGAACG